AUGCUUGCUUCGACCGAAGAUGAGAGCCCAAAGAUGCCAUUUAACUACAUGUCAGACGUCAACGCAAAGGUAGCAGCAGUCACGCCAGCCUCCGUAGAGACAAAUUCACCUCCAGGAGAACAGACGGCAAGCACUGCAAACACUGCUGUUAACGUAGGUGAACAUACCAAGGCUGGUGAUAAAAUGAUAAAGUCAGCUUCGUCGACUCCUAAAGCAUCAUCUAAGUGUCCCGAAUUUAUUGAAAUGCGUGUAAACGAGAGAUGGGACUUUAUCCCCUCAAAUAAUUUGUGUUUACGUUGCUUUAAAAAACAUCAUAUCAAGAGAUUUAAAUCGAAACGUCAGUGCGGAGUGGACAACUGUAAAAUGCCCCACAAUUCUUUACUGCAUAAGUACAACGAACAGCAACAUCUAAAACAAGUGGAAAAUAAACAAGUAAACGAAAACGUAAACAACAAUAGUAAUCACUCCGUUCUCUUUCAUGUUAAAGAGAAAGUUCUCUUUAAAUAUAUUCCAGUGACAUUGUUUGGCAAUGAUAACUCUCUUAACACGUAUGCUCUCAUUGAUGAGGGAGCGUCAUGCUCUUUGAUAGAGAGUGAAUUAGUCGACCAACUUGGAGUAGAUGGGCCAUCAGAAGAGCUGUGUUUACAAUGGACUGGAGAAAUAACGCAGAAAGAAGAAACGUCAAAAACUGUUUCAUUAUACAUUUCUGAUCGUAAACAAACGUCAAAGUUUUUAUUGAAAAAUAUUCGCACAGUUACAAGACUUGAUUUGCCCGUUCAAACUUUAUCACCGGCACAAAUAAAAUAUUGUGAACAUUUCAACGGUCUACCCAUAAUACCAUAUACUGCAGUUAGAGCGAGGAUUAUAAUUGGACUCGAUAAUGCCAAAUUGUGCGUUCCACUAGAGGUGAAAGAGGCUGAUGGCAACGAGCUAAUAACUACAAGGUGCAAAAUUGGUUGGGGUGUGUAUGGCAGACAGCAAUCAAACGGUGGUCCAGUUCAUCGUGUUAUGCACAUAUGUUCCUGUAACAAAGGCUGCAGCGAUUUAGAUGAACAGCUGAAGUACUUUUUUUCCUUGGAUGCUGUUGGUGUUGCAAUCAAUCAAAAUCCAUUGCGAUCAGUAGAAGAUGAACGAGCCAAAGUGAUAAUGGAUGAAACAACAAAGUACUUGGAGCGCGAGCAACGUUGGGAAACUGGACUCCUGUGGAAACAUAAUGAGGUGAGUUUGCCUAAUUCUCUUUGUAUGGCUCGACGUCGACUUCUCUGUUUAGAGGCAAAAAUGAAGCGGGACGCCGAUUUACAUAAGUUUUUAGUCGACAAAAUAAGAGAAUACGAAACAAAGGGAUAUGUGCGUAAAUUAAAACCCCACGAGAUUCGGCAUGACAACAAGUCGUGGUUCAUCCCAAUAUUCACUGUCAAAAACAAAAAUAAAAACAAAACUCGCAUCGUUUGGGAUGCAGCAGCAUCUGUGGAGAAUGUGUGUUUAAACAGUGUUCUGUUGAAGGGACCAAAUUUGCUGAAAUCAUUAGUUGGUGUUUUAAUAAGAUUUCGUGAGAGGCCGUUUGCAAUAUGUGGUGAUAUCCGAGAAAUGUAUCAUCAAAUUAAGCUCAAAGAGGACGAACAGUGCUUCCAACAAUUUCUUUGGCGGCAUGGCGACUCCACAAAGGCAAUCGAUGUAUACGUCAUGCAAGUUUUAACUUUUGGUGCUUCUUGCUCGCCAUCGUUAGCAAACUAUGUUAAAAAUAGAAAUGCCGAGCGCUUCGUUGAUAAGUACCCAUGUGCAGUAAAUUCAAUUUUAUCUAACACGUUCGUCGAUGAUUGGCUACAAAGUGUGGACAAUGAGGAUGAGAUGUUGAAUUUAGCCACCGAAGUUCGCUCUAUUCAUAAAGAUGGUGGCUUUGAAAUGCGAAAUUGGUUGUCAAACUCCGAAAAGGUACUCAAUAUAUUAGAUGACAGCAGCAGCUAUAACCAAAAGGCCUUUGAGGACCCAGAAGAUGCAAGUAUCGAUCCGUAUGCAGCAGUGGCAUACCUACGAGUGAAAUUCGGAGACACAAUAAAGUGCUCGAUAUUGGCUUCAAAAACUCGUGUAGCCCCAUUAAAGCCCAUUUCAAUUCCAAGAAUGGAAUUGAUGGCAGCAAUUCUUGGUUUACGUCUUUGUAAUUUCAUCGAGACUGAAUGCUCACUUAAAAUUAAUCAGCGUAUAUUUUGGACAGAUUCAAAGGACGUUCUAUACUGGAUAAAAUCUGAUGCUAGAAAAUUCCAUCAGUUUGUGGCAGUCCGGAUAGGUGAAAUCCUAGAAGGGUCUAAAAUUUCCGAAUGGAGAUGGGUUCCUUCGUCCCAAAAUGUGGCUGACGACGCCACUAAAUGGAAUAAAAACCCGGAUUUGGAACAUGAUAGCCGCUGGUUCAAUGGACCGUCUUUCCUGAAUGAAGAUGAAGAAUCUUGGCCAAAGUCGGAGCUUAACGAGGCCAAUAAUCCCGUCGAAGUUAUAUGCCAUGUUUCCGAGGUUAAAGAAAGUUAUAAAUUUGCAUCAAUAAUGCCUGAUCUCAAUAAUUUCAGUGUUUGGGAAAAGCUUCACAGAUGUCUACUUAUCAUUUUGAAUUUUUUACGAAAGUUGUUUGGAGACAAAAAGACGUCUACUGAUUUGACCCCGUUUAUUCAAAACACUGGUGUCCAUAUGGCAGAAUUCUUCGCAUUCAAAGUUUGCCAGGAAGAAGUUUUUUUGUCAGAUAUGGAACAACUUAAAUUAAAAGGCUUCUUGUCAAAGAAAAGUUCCCUGUAUAAGUCGAACCCUUACCUUGACGAAAUCGGUAUACUCAGAAUAAAGGGUCGAAUAGAUGAAAUAAACGGCGUCGCGAUGAACGUAAAAAGGCCAAUAAUAUUACCAAAGAAGCAUAAAAUAACAAAACUGAUUGUUGACUACUACCACCGCAAAUAUCAUCAUCAACACAACGAAAUUGUAGUGAAUGAAAUGCGCCAACUAUUUUACAUUCCCGGUUUACGAGCUGCUGUCCGUGCGUAUUGUAAAGAAUGUCAGACCUGCAAAAUACGAAAGGCAACGCCGUCUGCUCCACAAAUGGGAAACCUCCCCGCAGAAAGGUUAGCAGUGUUCAAAAGACCAUUCUAUUAUACAGGCAUUGAUUAUUUUGGUCCUAUAGAGGUUGCUGUUGGUCGACGAAGAGAGAAACGAUGGGGAGUUCUUUUUACAUGUAUGACUGUGAGAGCGGUACAUAUUGAAAUUGCUCCAUCAUUAUCUACGGAUUCAUUUUUGUUAGUUCUCAAACAAUUUAUCUCUCGACGUGGAACUCCAAUAAAAAUGUUAUCAGACAAUGCAACCAACUUCAGAGGAGCUAGUCGAGUACUCCUAGAAGAAGUGGAGAAAAUAUCGAGUGUUGAGGUAGAGAGGAAAUUUCCAACAAUUGAGUGGGAGUUCAUACCACCUGCAUCGCCGCAUAUGGGUGGUGCUUGGGAGAGGAUGGUACGCUCUGUGAAGUCUGUUUUAAUGGACAUUCUGCCUAAAAGAGAACUGAGAGAGGAAUUUUUAAGAGCCGCUUUAGCUGAUGUAGAGAGCAUUCUUAACUCCAGGCCAUUGACAUACAUACCGCUGGAGUCUACUGAUAUGGAAGCUUUAACGCCAAAUCAUUUUUUACUUGGCUCUUCGAGUGGUAUAAGAGAGCGUGACACAGAGGAAUGCCGGCAACUAAAAUGUUUCGUUUAUCAAAUAUGA